AGGAUGGACCAGCAGCUGGUUCGGUGAUACAGACGUUAUUCUGUCUCUAUCCAUGGUCUGCCCUAUCGCUCUCGCCCCAACUUCUGCCUUCUAUGGAAGAAGAAGCAGCGUCUCAUUAUUCGCAUUCCCCCCACGAAGAACACCACCUCCCUCUUCUCUGUUUGCAGCUCUCGAUCGACGAAUCCCACCCACCACAAAAUGUGCCGUCUCCUCUGAAGCAGUCGCCGGUGGUCUUCCCAACAAGGUGAAGAUCCGGUGUGCUGAAAUCAUACCGCAAGAGCGAUCGUCAGAAGUACCUGGCACUGUUUCUGUCCUCCAAAGGAUUCUGCCAUGCUUCUUGCUGUCCAUUUUCUUGUCAUUUACCUGCGGUACCUCUCUAGCAGCGGUUGACGACUCGAUUAGAGCUUCUGGGUUCGGGCUAAAGGUAGCCACGGGCUUGAGAAAAUCUGGUUGGAUCGAUGAGGCCAUUGUGUUCUUUCUUGCUACUCUUCCAGUGAUUGAGCUUCGUGGUGCCAUCCCCGUGGGGUAUUGGAUGCGGCUAGAUCCGCUGAAGCUCACCAUCGUCUCUGUUCUAGGGAGGAUUGCCGUGAGGCUUGAAAGAGUUUAGUGGCAUCUCGGGAGUAAAGAUUAUGCAGAAGAAAGAAAAAAAAAAGUGACAUGUAUUCAGGAGAGUGGGAGAAUCCAAUCAGCAAAUAUUUGUCCAUUCGCUGUUAACACAAUCUUGCGGUGACUUUUUAUUGAUAUUACUGUAAUGACAGUAAAUAACAAUGUAAAAUAGAAAAUGACUAAGAAAAAUUAGGAAAAGUGCUAAUUUUUUCCUCCAUGAUUUGGAUUAUGGAUAGCACUAAUAUUUUAAUGAUUAUACUCUGUCACGUUGUUGUUCAAUGGCAUAGAAGUGUAAAAAAACGCACAUCUAACUUGUAUUGAACUGCUAAAUGAGUGUUUUAUGAGUUAAACUGG